AUGGAUAAAACUCAGCUUACUGGUCUCACGACAAUAAUCGUUCUCGGUGCUUCUGGUGACCUUGCAAAAAAGAAGACAUAUCCUGCACUUUUUGGUCUUUAUCGCAAUGGUUUUUUGCCUGAAGGAACCCGUAUCAUUGGUUAUGCAAGGUCCAAUCUUACAAUACAAGAAUUUCAUAAUCGUCUUCUUGAAUUUGCUAAACUUCCUUCUGAUCCUAUUAAGGAGCAGUUUAAGCAAUUCUUAAAUCUUUGUACGUAUGUUUCUGGUCAAUAUGAUAAAGACGAAGAUUAUAAAAGAUUGAACAAUGCUGUAGAAGAAGUUGAGAUGGGAUUUGAAAAUGGAAAUAAAAACCGAGUUUUCUAUAUGGCUUUACCUCCUAGCGUGUUUAUACCUGUAGCUCAUGGCGUAAAAAAUAAUCUCUAUUCUAAAAAGGGUUUAAAUCGCUUAAUUGUUGAAAAACCCUUCGGGAUGGAUUUGGAAAGCUCCCGUGAACUGGGUAAAGCAUUAGCUCCUUUAUGGAGAGAAGAUGAGACUUAUCGUAUUGAUCAUUAUCUUGGAAAAGAAAUGGUUAAAAACCUAUUGAUUAUCCGCUUUGCAAAUAUAUUUUUCGGAGCUAUUUGGAAUCGCCAGAGUAUUGCUAAUGUUCAGAUUACUUUUAAAGAAAAAAUCGGAACUGAAGGUCGAGGUGGAUACUUUGAUGAAUUUGGCAUAAUUCGGGAUGUCAUGCAAAAUCACCUUUUACAAAUUUUGAGUAUUGUUGCUAUGGAACGUCCUUUAUCAUUAAGCUCAGAAGAUGUCCGUGAUGAAAAAGUUCGUGUCUUACGCUGUAUCCCUCCAGUGGAGCUGAAAGACGUUGUCCUUGGACAAUAUACAAAAUCUGAAGAUGGUACCAAGCCUGGAUACCUAGAUGAUAAGACUGUACCCCCAGGUAGUAACUGUCCUACUUUCGCAGCUGCGACCUUAUGGAUUAAUAACGAACGUUGGGAAGGUGUUCCUUUUAUUCUUAAAUGUGGCAAAGCUCUCAAUGAGCAAAAGACCGAAAUUCGAGUUCAAUUUCAGCACGUGCCUGGCAAUGUGUUCAAGGAUGCACCUCGUAAUGAGUUGGUUAUCCGUGUUCAGCCGGGUGAGGCUGUUUAUAUGAAAAUGGUAAAUAAAUUGCCGGGUCUUUCAAUGGAUACGGUAAUUUCUGAACUGGACCUUACAUAUCAUCGUCGCUUUUCUGAUCUAAAAAUUCCCGAUGCAUAUGAAGCUUUGAUUCUUGAUGUAUUAAAAGGUGAUCAUUCUAAUUUUGUGCGCGAUGAUGAAUUGGAUGCAGCCUGGAAAAUUUUUACACCAAUCUUACAUAAAAUCGACAAUGAAAAAAUCAAACCGGUACCUUAUGCUUAUGGGUCACGUGGCCCUGCAAAAAUCGAUGAAUUUGUUGCGAGUUAUGGUUUCAAGAGGUCUCCGCAACAAUAUAACUGGCCGGGAAGUCAGUAG